AUGGAGCCGCCGCGGAGCCUCCCGGGGCUGGAGCGGGAGCGGCCGGCGCUGGACGCGGCCGGGGGGUGCCCGUCCCCGCUGGACGCCAGGGCCGUGCCCGGCAGGAAGGUCUGGGUCAAGCUGCGGGCGCUGCUCCGUUUCCUGGUCAAGCAGCUCGAGGCGGGCGAGGUCAGCGUGGAGGAGCUGAAGCGCAACUUGGAGUACGCGGCCUCCCUGCUCGAGGCCGUGUGCAUCGACGAGACCAGGCAGGUGCUGGACACGGAGGACGAGCUGCGGGACAUGGGCUCGGACGCGGCCGUGCCCUCCGAGGUGCGGGACUGGCUCGCAGCCACCUUCACGCAGCAGGCGCGGGCCAAGGGCCGCCGGGCCGAGGAGAAACCCAAAUUCCGCAGCAUCGUGCACGCCGUGCAGGCCGGCAUCUUCGUGGAGAGGAUGUUCCGCCGGACGUACACGGCCGUGGGGCCCAGCUACUCCUCCUCCGUCCUCAACUGCCUGAAGGGGCUGGACCAGUGGUGCUUUGACGUGUUCUCGCUGCACCGUGCGGCCGAGGAGCACUCGCUGCGCACGGUGGUGUUCGAGCUCUUCACCCGCCACAACCUCAACAGCCGCUUCAAGAUCCCAGGCGCAUUCCUGACGUCGCUGCUGGAGGCGCUGGAGGGCGGCUACGGAAAGUUCCGGAACCCCUACCACAACCAGGUGCACGCGGCCGACGUCACCCAGACCGUGCACUGCUUCCUGCUGCGCACCGGCAUGCUGCACUGCCUGUCCGAGAUCGAGCUCCUGGCCAUCGUCUUCGCUGCUGCCAUCCACGACUUCGAGCACACGGGGACAACGAACAGCUUCCACAUCCAGACCAAGUCGGACACCGCCAUCCUGUACAACGACCGCUCGGUGCUGGAGAACCACCACAUCAGCGCCGUGUUCCGCCUGAUGCAGGACGAGGAGCUCAACAUCUUUGUCAACCUCACCAAGGACGAGUUCGCCGAGCUGCGGGCGCUGGUCAUCGAGAUGGUCCUGGCCACCGACAUGUCCUGCCACUUCCAGCAGGUCAAGUCCAUGAAGACGGCGCUGCAGCAGCUGGAGAGGCUGGACAAGUCCAAGGUGCUGUCGCUGCUGCUGCACGCGGCCGACAUCAGCCACCCCACCAAGCAGUGGGCGGUGCACAGCCGCUGGACCAAGGCCCUCAUGGAGGAGUUCUUCCGGCAGGGGGACAAGGAGGCUGAGCUGGGGCUGCCCUUCUCGCCCCUCUGCGACCGCACCUCCACGCUGGUGGCCCAGUCGCAGAUCGGGUUCAUCGACUUCAUUGUGGAGCCAACGUUCUCGGUGCUCACCGACGUGGCCGAGAAGUUGGUGACGCCGCUGGCCGAGGACGGCUCCAAGGCCAAGGGCAACCCUGCGGCCACCCAGCAGCCCAGCUCGCAGUGGCGGCAGCCGUCCCUGGAUGAGCACCUGGAGGACAUCAAAGCCGACCUGGCCGGGUUCCGCUCCACCUGGACCAAGCACAUCCAGGAGAACAAGCAGAAGUGGAAGGAGAGGGCGGCCAGCGGCAUCACCAACCAGGCGUCCAUCGAUGAGCUGUCCCCGUGCGAGGAGCCCGCGGCCACCGGGACCCACAGCGAGAACGGGGACGUGGAAUAGCGGGGGGAGGAGCCAGGUCCCUGUCCAGCAGAGUGACACCGUCUCGUCUUCGAUGCCAUCGAGUUCAGAACCAUCUGUGCCAGGAGCCCCUGGGGCCGGGCUUGGGUCGGUGUCACCGCUGUGCCAGGCCCGGUGUCACCACUGUGCCAGGAUUGGUGUCACCUCUGUGCCAGGCCCGGUGUCACCACCAUGCCAGGAUUGGUGUCACCUCUGUGCCAGGCCCGGUGUCACCGCUGUGCCAGGAGCCCCCCGGGCUGUCCCCUCUGUCCCGGUGUCACUGGUCCCUCACUGCCACCCCCGGCCCCCCACCGGGCUCCGUCCUUUGGGAUUUUUA